ACGGUACGGGCUGCUGCUAUAUAAUCUCCUCCGCAAUUCGGCCGCCGCGUGCUCGCCGCCCUCCCCCCGCAUCGCAUCGGCCCACCACAUCGCAUCGGCCCACUGAUUCCUAUACGAGCAGUAGACUGGAGUAGUAGUAACCCAAGCUGAUUUCCCCAUCGCGAAACCCUAGCCUCGCCACCGGCGAUCGCCGGGAUGGCCUCGUCGCCGCACGCCCCUCGCCGGUUCCUCUUCGACCUCAACGUCGCCCAGGAGGAGUUCGAUGAGGGGGAGGAGGAGCCCGAGGAGGCGCUCGAGGAGGAGGUAGUCCAGGAGGAGCAGGUCGUGGUGGAGCAGCCUGAGGGUGUGGUCGAUGAGGAGAAGGAGCAGGAGGUGGUGGUGGUCGAGCCCGAAGAGGUGAUCAUGGAGGAGGAUGCUGCGGAGGAGGUGAUCAUGGGGGAGGAGGAAGCUGUGGCGCCGGCGGCGGAGGAGGAGGUGGUGAAGGAGGGGAAGGGGAAGAGGAAGAGGAAGGACUACGAGGUGUUCGUGGGCGGGCUGCCGCUGGACGCGGCGGAGGAGGACGUGGCGCGGGCGCUCGCCGAGGCCGGCGAUAUCGAGGAGGUGCGGCUCGCGCGGGAUCCGGCGGACCCGCGGCUCAAUCGGGGAUUCGCCUUCGUACGUUUCGCUGCUGCCUGGCAGGCACGGUGGGCUGCCAACGACCUCCGCACGGCUGUGAUCAAGGGAAAAGCUUGUGGAAUAUGCAAGAACAGUGAAAACGAGACCCUUCAUCUACGGAAUAUAUGCUUUGAUUGGUCAAAGGAUGAUUUAGCUGAGAAGCUAAAACCUUUUGAGUUGGAAAACCUGGAUAGAAUUAAUCUGAUUGAGCACCCAGAAAGAAAGGGAAAAAACAGAGGCUACGCGUUUCUUGACUUCAGAACGCAUGUGGAUGCUGUGGCUGGUUUUCUGAAACUACAAAAAGAAGAUCUGUAUCUCGGUACUGAUUUUAGAGCACAUGUGUCAUUUUCAAACACUCUUUCACAAGAUGAUGAGGUUAUGGAAAAGGUAAAAUCUGUUUUCUUAGAUGGCUUACCACCUCACUGGGAUGAAGACAAAGUGAGAGAAAUGUUUGGAAAAUUUGGUGAAAUUGAUAACAUACAACUUGCUAGAAAUAUGUUCACAGCAAAACGAAAAGAUUUUGGUUUCAUUGGCUUUACGACAAGACAGUCAGCUUUAGAUUGCAUUAAGAUGAUCAAUAAAGAUGGUGUUGGGGAAGGUAGUGGAAAGGUUCAUAUGAAAGCUACUCUACAAAGGCCAAAACCUACUUUUAAGAAGCCUUCAUGGCAAGGUGCUAGUUCCAUGUUAGUUAGAAGAGGAUUUGUAAAUAAAAGUUCUAGUGGUAGAGGACACCACUCAGACAGAUAUAGGCAUUUUGGUCAUGAAAGGCUUGCUUAUUCAGAUAAUUAUGCUCGCUAUCACCACUCUAUGGAUGUUGAAGAAAGGCCUGUUUCUAUCCGAGAAUACAGAGCUUACUAUAGAAGGGAUUCCGCAGUGCAUGCCUCAAGCCAUAAAUAUGGAAGGACACAUCCGGGGGCAAGAAUCAGGGAAGCAUAUGCUGAGAGUCGAUACUCCAAUAAAUAUCCAAAACACAGGCACGCAAUGCAUGAAGAACCCAUGGAGCGAGAUGCAUACCGCAGGAGCAAAUAUGGACAUUCAUACCAGGAAAGGGCAAAUAGAAUUUCUUGCCCGGAAUGUAAUUUGAGUGCUCAUAAUGGUGGUGCUUAUCAAAGUUGUGAGUACCCCAAUGGUGAAGAGUUUUCUGCAACCAGUGGUUGUGAGCAUGCCUACUAUAAGACAGACCAUGACCUGACGCCUUCAACUUCUCUAGUAUCUCAUUGUGAGGAUUCUUGCUGCAAGGGCUGCCAGGUGAUGCCUUCGAGUUCUUCUGUGAUGUGUGAUUGUAGCGAAUGCUGUAUUGAACAAGAGCCAACUCCUAGUUCAAGUGAGCAUGCCAGAACCAGAUCUAAUCCCCAAGCGCCUCUUCAUCACCGGCUUGUCAAACCUUCUCAUGAGCAUCGGAGGCUUGUGCCUGACGAGCAUUCUGCAUAUGAGGUGAUGUACACGGUCAGGGAAAGCAGAGGGCGGUAUUUAUCUUCAGGAGAUCCGCUCAGCUCUCACUCCAGGAAACACCAUAGGCCAGCAAGAUAGGCUGUAGCUGUCACAAGUUAGAGAAAACUCUUCUGGUAGCUCGCUUCGGUUACCUAUAGUACUGUCGAUAGCGCCGUAAGUUACCGGCCCUGCUUGUGCGCAUUUGACAUCCCCGUUGCUCAGCAGAAUCUGCUUAGAGAAGCAGUAUACCGCUCGAAGUUAUAAUGUAUAAUCAAAUAUUUUGUCUGU